UAAGUACAAAAAAAAUAGAUCAUUUUAGCCCCGAGCGUUAGUACUUUACUUUCAAGAUAUGGGAAACAAGCAAGCAGCUUUUACAGAAGAUCAGCUUGAAGACUAUCAGGACUGUACAUACUUCAAUCGCGCUGAUAUUUUGAGCUCAUUCAUUGUCAGGAUUCACCGGCGAUAUCGAGAUUUAAACGUAGAUCUUAUACCUGAAGACUUUACAGAACUUGAUGUUCAGCCAAAACUGAAAUACAAAUUCCUCCAGCAACUACCAGAACUCAAGGAGAAUCCCUUUAGGCGACGAAUCUGUGAAGUGUUUUCUCCUGAUGGAGAUGGCAGCCUGUCAUUCGACGAUUUCUUGAACAUGAUGUCAGUACUCAGUGAAUCUGCUCCCAUAGAGCUCAAAGCCAAGUAUGCAUUCAGGAUAUUUGAUUUUGACCAAGAUGAUUAUCUCGGCAAGGAAGAUCUCAAACAAGCCUUAAGAGCUCUCACAGCAAGUGAGCUUACUGAUGAAGAGAUGGAGUUUGUUUCCGAUGAGUUACUAAAAGAGGCCGACAUUGAUGAGGAUGGAUUCUUAUCUUAUUCAGAGUUCGAAAAUGUCAUCGCAAGAUCACCCGAGUUUAUGAAUAAUUUCCACAUUCACAUAUAAUUUAAUUGCCAAAUCAUCAUACAAAGUGGAGCCAAGAUAUUUUGGAGCAAGGCGUCCGGUUCAGAUAACAAACAUUUUCGGAGAUUGUUGAGAACAAAAACCUUGCGCCACAUCAGGAGAUGAAAUCCCAAGGGAGGAGUACGGGGGAAUAAAGUUAUGACAAAUUUUUUCAAGCCCUAAAGAAGAAGAUUCAUUCAUCUUCGCCUAGAAGUUGAGAUGAUCAGGUUCAGCUGAGUAUUAAUUGAUCAGGCAGACAGGAAGGUCUCAAAUGGUACUAGAACUGAACGUUUUUUUUUUUUUUUAACUUAAACAAAGAGAUUGCGAAUACAACUGAUUUAUAAAUUGAAAGCGUUAACUACUAAAAUACCGUCCGCGAAAACAACACUUGACCGCCGGUGAGCGAUGAAGAGCGAUCACGAUACACGAAGGACUUCACUGAUUAGAAGAAACUGAUUUUUCAUCCUCUCUGUAAUAGUUUGAAACAAACAGCGAAGUCUAAAAAAGGCAGAUUUCAGAUCGAUCGAGUGGCGACCAUUUACGACUGAAACUGCCAAAAAUGCUCUUCUAGUUACGUGACUUGAUACCUGACAGCGAAAUAUUUGUCGGUCUGAAAUCUGAAAGUUUACUUAAAUGGAUUCAAUUUUCGAAAGUAAAUUUAGAUUAAGAGACGCUCAACAUGCUCCCGAAAGUAACAAAAAGGCGUUGAACUCCACUUGAGAUUUCACCAAUAAGAAUAUUGAAAAAAUUGAUAACCUCUAUAUAAAUAUGCCCGCGAAAGCCUCAGACGAAACGCUUUAUGGCCGCAAAUGGGUUAAUAUGCAUUUAAAAGCAAAAUCUACUGGGGGCUCGGCUUUAAUUGGUUGGAAGUUUGUUUCUAAUCUCGUAAAGUUAGCCGCGCUUUUAUGAUGCCAUCGGGUUGUUCAACGUAUCUAUGAAUGGUACUCAGACUCCAUUUAAAAACAGAAUUUCCCAUGACUUUACUUCUCUUAUUCCUCACUUUAAAUAUCUAAUCCAGGUUGCUAUAUGUUAAAAACAUGGCGGCAUAGCUGAGUUUGCCUUUAAUCUUUGUAAAAGAGAAUACAGAUUUUCUGUGAUUGUUAACAGGUCGAAGCCAGAGUAGUGUCAGAAGUAGCAUGAUAAAUGUUUUGAUUUGAGGUAUCCGCUAUGGUCGGUGAGGAUACUGAUACCUCGUUGUAAAAUGAAAGGUGAAUAAAUUUGAACUU